ACAGCCCUGCUGUUUACGUUUGGGGAAGUUGCUCAAUAUCGGAAAACACUUUUUCUUUUAGGUAUGUGAGCAAAACAUAACUGUUUGCGAUUUUUCUGGGUUAAAGAAUCCACUCGAUGGAGUAUAAUUAACGUCUUCAGGUCUAAGACUAUGAAAACAUGACUGUUAGAUAAAGCCCAAUCUCGGGUUUGGUCACAAGCUCCCCGCAGAAUGGAUAAUCCAGUAACUUCCGCUACUUAUAUUCGCAACAUCGGUUUUCGUUUACGUCGCAAAUUGUCCGAUUUUUUGGAUCCUCAGGACAGGUGGAAAGAAGUUCUUGUAGAUAUACAGAAACCGAGCGGGGAGCCGAGGUAUUCCCAGCUUCAUGUCGGGAGAUUUGAAGGUCUUGUUGCACAGGGUCGCAGUCCCACAGUGGAGCUGCUCAAUGACUGGGGGACCACCAACAGCACAGUGGGUGAACUUGUGGACAUUUUGAAGAGUCACGAGUUACUGGCUGCUGCCAGUGUUCUGCUACCUGUUGAAGAGUCCAGUCCACUGGAGACCCAAAGCACUGCUUCAACCAGACUGCUGGACGAGAGAGACGUGCAGCAGCAGCCCGUCACCACUGUGCUGCAGCUUCGAAUGCCACAGGAAAACACCGAACCAAUACACACAGGCUUCUCCAGUUUCUUAUAUAGUGACCUGAUGAGGAUCACAGGCAACUUUGAUGACCGGUCCACGUCAGCUGGUGGCAGCCGAAUUGGAGAGGGAGGCUUUGGGACGGUGUACAAAGGUCUUCUGAAUGACAAACCAGUUGCAGUGAAAAAACUCAAUCCAGUGGAUGACAUGCCACUGGACAAGUUGCAAGAUCAGUUCAACCAAGAGAUCCAGACUCUGAAAGUGUUGAAACACGAGAACUUGGUUGACAUGGUUGGAUUUUCCUGUGACGAACAGCACCUAUGUUUAGUGUACGCUUUCAUGGCCAAUGGAUCUUUAUUAGACCAACUGGCUUGCUUUGAAGGAAGUCCUCCACUUUCCUGGCACCACAGGUGCUUGAUAGCAGAAGGGACAGCCAAAGGUUUGGAGUAUCUGCACUCCAACCAUCACGUCCACAGAGAUGUUAAAAGUGCGAACAUCCUGUUAGAUGAACACUUCAUGGCCAAAAUCUCAGACUUUGGUCUGACGAGAGCAUCGGCCAAGCGAACCUCGACGACCAUGAUGACUGAGAGGAUCGUGGGUACCCGUGCGUACAUGGCACCGGAGGCGCUAAGAGGAGAGAUCACACCAAAAUCCGAUGUCUUCAGUUUUGGAGUGGUGUUGUUAGAAAUAUUGUCUGGACUCCCGCCAGUUGAUGAAAACCGGGAGCCACAGUUCUUGAUGGAGAUGAGGUAUGACAUAGAUGAUGAAGAUGAGGAGCUGACUCUGGAGGAUUUUGUGGACAAAAAAAUGAAAGCCUGGGAGCUGAGCCAGGUGGAGAGUAUUUACUCCUUGGCAUGCAACUGCCUCCAUGAGAGGAAAAACAGACGGCCUGUCAUCAGACAGGUACAGGAAAGAUCCCAGCAGAUUUAAUGUAUAGGUCAAGCUACUGUGUUGGCAUCUGCACAGCUUUUCACCUUGAUCUAUUUGCCUGUGUUAUGUGCCUCUGCUGGACCAGGCUGAAUGAAGAAAUCCCACAAAGGGAUUUUUUUUUUUGUUUUAGUUUUUGAAAAGAAAAGAGGAUCAUUAACAACUGAGUCGACACUUCAUUAAAUACACCUGUUUAACUGCUUAUUAACACUAAUAUCUAAACAGCCAAUCACAUAGCAGCAACUGACUGCCAUAUAGGCAUGGCUGUGGUCAUUUAAGCACCUCGAGGUGACUUUUGUUGCGAUUUGAUGCUGUGUAAAUAGCACAUAACCAUAUCCAGUGAGUGGCAGUUUUGAGGGUGAAAAUGCCAGAGAUCAAAGGAAAAUGGGCAGACUGUUUCAAGCUGAUAGGAAGUCAACAGUACUCGUUAUCUUAACAAGGUAUGCAGCAGAGUAUCUCUGAAUGCACAACAUGUUGAACCUUAAAGCAGAUGGGAUGAGCAGCAGAAAGCCGAGGCCACAGUUCACUCAGACAACAGAACAUUGGAAAAACAUUGCCCAGGCCAAUAAGUCUUGAUUUCUAUGACAUUUAGAUGAUAGGAUCAGAAUUUGGCAAAAACAGCAUGAAAGUCCAGCAAUGUACCAAAACCUCAGGCUGCUGGUGGUGUCAUGGUGUGGGGGACAUUGUCUUAUCACACUUUGGACCCCUUAAUACAAACUGAGCGUUUCUUAACCACCACAGUCCACCUGAGUGUUGUUGUUGACCGUGACCACAGUAAACCGACGUUUUUAUGACUGCUUCCAGGAAGGUAACACAACACGUCACAAAGCUCAGAUCGUCUCAAACUGGUUUCCUGAACAUGACGAGUUCACUGUAAUUGAAUGGCCUCCACAGUCACCAGAUCUUAGCCUUAAUAGAGCAUGUUUGGGACGUGAUAGAAAGGGAGAUUUGCAUCAUGAAUGCAUGAUGCAAAUCUCCCUUUCUGCCACAUCCUGACAAAUCUGUGUGACGCUAUAUUAACCAAAAUCUCUGAGGAAUUUUCCAACACUGUGUUCAAUCUGUGCUGCAAUGAAUUAAAGCAGUUCUAAAGGCAAAAGGGGGCCCAACUUGAUAUAGCGAGGUGUACCUAAUAAAGUGUAUGGGGAGUCUAUGUAAUAACAAACAUAUUAUUUAGGGGAUUUAGGGAGCAAAUGCAGGCAGUAAGAGAACGGAGACUGCACUCUUGUCUUGUUGAACUAAAGGAAAAUGUCAUAUUGUUGCUACGAUAUAUAUAUAUAUAUGUAGUCAUGAUUG